UAUUAUUUCGAUAUUAUAAUAAUAGUACUAGCUAGAAUAGAUUAAAUUGCCUCUAAAUUGAAGUUUCUACGAUAUAUUGAUCAAUGCUGUCCACAGAUUCGCUGAACAUGCUGACAAGUAUGGAAAGGACGUGUCUGCUUUUGAUUGUGCUUUACAUUUUGCCCAAUGAUAAGCAUGUUUAUGCCGAAACCUUCACUCUGGGGUAUAUCACCGGCUCAAAAAGACGUCUUGACGAUUUUGAGUACCAACGUCCCGGUUUCAGAAUAUCUGGUGCUAUAACGCUCGCCGUCGAGCAGGUAAAUGCCGGUGAACUCGGUAGACGAGGGCAUAAUUUAGAAAUUCUCGUGGGCGAAACGUUUGGCGAAGAAGAAACAAGUAUUCUAGUCACAGCUGAAUUAUGGAAAAAAAACAUUUCGGCAUAUAUCGGUCCGCAGGAAACUUGUAUUCACGAGGGCAGAAUGGCAGCUGCGUUCAACAUUCCCAUGAUAUCUUACUUUUGCACGCAUAACGAAACAUCAAAUAAGAAGGAAUUCCCGACAUUUGUGAGAACACGGCCACCCGAUACGCAGAUCGUAAAGUCGGUCGUUGCAGUGUUAUUAACAUUUAAUUGGACAAAAGUAACUUUCCUGCAUAUGAAUUCGACAGUUUUCGAAUUUAACAAAAUGUCCACGGUUGCGACGACAAUCCUAGCGUCUUUCGAAGCAGCUGGAAUUACCGUAAAUUAUCGUCGUUCGUGGAGUGAACCGUAUCACGUAACUCAUAUGGAAAAUCCUUUUCAUGAAUACGUCAGACAAACGUAUCGUGACACACGAAUUUACGUGAUACUCGGACAUUAUUAUGAACAUAUGGGGCUUUUAAUGGCUCUGGACGAAAUGAAUCUCUUGGAAAAAGGCGAAUACUGGGUUGUCGGUAUUGAUAUCGAGCAAUACGAUGAAAAACAGCCAAACAAGUAUCUUCGUGGAUUGUGGCAGAAGGAGACAAACCUAUCAAUCGUGAAGGCGUUUCGCAGUUAUUUUAGCAUUGUUGCAUCCGCCCCGAUCAAUGUCAAGAACUUCACCAGACUCGUUAAUAAAUAUAGACAAAAGCCGCCGUUUAAUUUUACGAAUCCGUUGGAAAAUUUUGGAGGAAUAAUUCAGAUUGUGCCAGAAACCGCAUAUUUGUACGACGCGGUGCGCCUUUACGAGAAAUCGCUGCUAUGGGCCCUAGAUGAAAACCGUAAUCCAAGAGACGGUAGAGAGAUAAUUGCAAAAUUAUGUGGUAUUAAUUACAAAAGUGCGAUGGGGUACAGUGUAUAUUUGGAUAAUAACGGAGAUGCCGAAGGAAAUUAUACUUUAAUUGCAUUGGAUAAGCAGCCAACCAAAGGCUACGGACUGUAUCCGAUUGGGCACUUUAUUGGAAAAGAACAGAAUUUACCCAAGCUGCGGUUAAUUAAAGAAAUAUCAUGGAUUGGAGAUCACGGCCCACCGGUUGCAGAGCCAUAUUGCGGGUACAGCGGUAAAAAAUGUAAUUCUCAUACCGGCGAAAUUGUGGGAGGUAUCACCGGCGCAUUACUGCUCAUUAUCGCAGCAGUUCUUUUUAUUAUCUAUAGAAACUGGAAGUACGAGCAAGAGCUGGACAGCUUACUGUGGAAAAUCAGUUUCAAGGACAUACAGAUUAAGGAGCAGAAGGAUGAAACAAUGAGAGCUGACGAAACGCUUGCCAAAUGCAACCCCACAUCAUCAACGACACAACCCAUGCGAACUAGUCAAGUGUCGCUAAGUUCUAAUCCAGACGCUGAUUUCCGAUAUUCUACUAUUUACACGCCAAUCGGAAUAUAUAAAGGACAGAUUUUUUCAAUAAAAAAAAUCGGGAAGAAAUCGAUCGAAAUCACUCGGGAAAUGAAGAAGGAACUAAAAAUGAUGCGCGACUUAAGACACGAUAACUUAAAUUCGUUUAUCGGUGCAUGCACUGAUCCGCCUAACAUAUGUAUUAUCGUUGAAUACUGUGCACGUGGUAGUCUUAAGGAUAUAUUGGAAAACGAAAAUAUAAAGCUCGAUAACAUGUUUAUGGCGUCUCUCAUUGGCGACAUCAUUAGAGGUAUGAUCUACCUUCACGAAUCAGUCAUAAAAUAUCACGGAUCGCUAAGCACGACAAAUUGUCUCGUGGAUUCUCGAUGGGUCGUAAAAUUGGCAGAUUUUGGCCUUCACGAAUUCAAGCGGGAUGCGGAAUGCGAUCCCUCCAAGAUCAUGAAAAAAUAUCACGGAUUGUUAUACAAAGCACCUGAAUUAUUACGCCUCGCUCAUUUUGAGAAGUCAACUGUUCAGGAUUUUCAAAAGGGUGACGUGUAUUCGUUCGGCAUCGUAUUGUACGAAAUGCAAGGGCGACAAGGACCCUUCGGGGUCCUUGGGAUGGAACUUUCAGCAAUAGAAAUAUUAAGGAAAGUAAUCACAAGAGAUUCUGGAAGAGCACCGUUUAGACCACCGUUGGAUCAACUGGAAAAUACGUUCGAUUUCGUUCGUAAUUGUUUACUGGAUUGUUGGGCAGAGGAAGCUGAGUUACGGCCUGAUUUUCGGGCGAUAAGACAAAAGUUAAAGCCGCUUCAAAAGGGAAUGAAAGUGAAUAUCUUUGACAACAUGAUGGCGAUGAUGGAAAAAUAUGCAAAUAAUCUGGAAGCACUCGUUGAUGAACGGACGGACCAGUUGACUGAAGAAAAAAAGAAAACGGAUGCCUUACUAUAUGAAAUGUUACCGCGAUACGUGGCCGAAGAAUUGAAAAAGGGGAAAAAAGUAGAGGCUGAAAAUUUUGACUGUGUUACCAUUUAUUUUAGUGACAUAGUUGGUUUCACGUCUAUGUCUGCGGAAAGCACACCGUUGCAAGUAGUCGACUUUUUAAAUGAUCUCUACACAUGCUUUGAUUCGACGAUAGAAAACUAUGACGUGUAUAAGGUAGAGACCAUUGGAGACGCUUAUAUGGUGGUCAGUGGUCUACCAAUAAAGAACGGUAUUCAGCAUGCUGGUGAAAUAGCGAGCAUGUCAUUGUGUCUUCUGGACGCCAUUAAGCAAUUUACCAUUCGUCACAGGCCGCUUGAUAAACUGCAACUCCGCAUAGGAAUACAUUCCGGUCCAGUUUGCGCUGGCGUAGUUGGAUUAAAAAUGCCACGAUAUUGCUUAUUUGGCGAUACUGUAAAUACCGCCUCUCGUAUGGAGUCCUCAGGGUUACCGCUAAAAAUUCACUGCAGCAGUGAAUCAAAACAGCUGCUGGACCAGCUGGGAGGAUUCGAACUCGUCGAGCGCGGAGUAACUUCCAUGAAAGGCAAAGGCAAGCAUAUGACAUACUGGUUAAUUGGAGAGGAUCCGAUAUUACGCAGUAAGCGUAGUAAAGGAAAAAUAAGCACGCAGAGCGAUAGCAAGAAAACCAGCAUGGCAGAUCCUCUGGUUCCGCGAAGUUCUCUGAAAAACAAAUCCCUCGUCAGAUCAACUUUUAUGAGGUGUUCCAGUGAGUCUCCGAAACGCUUGCGAUUUGCCAGCUCAGAUCAGCUGGAUCAAAAGGGUUCCAGGAUAAGUCAACUGCAAUUGAUAGUCGACAACAGUUCGUGUAAGACGAAAAUUCCAUGCGUAUUACGAUCAUCCUGCACGGGGAGUUGGUGGCGAGAAUUGUCUUCUAGUAGCUCGUGUCCAUGUGUCGAGAAGCUCUACAAUCAGGAGAUUCAAUCAGAACUAGAAGAAAUAGAAGACAAAUUGCCGGAUAUCAAAAAUGUGCCGCUGCUUCGAAGUAACUUGAUCUUCGGAAACGAGUCGUAUCUUCUACACCCUAGAGCCAAGAGCAUCCGUUUCGGCAUAUCUGGGAUACGCCAGAUUAUCUCCAAAUCAGCACCCAGCAGCCCCAAGCACAGUACGGUGAUGCUGACAGGCCAGAAAAGAAUAGCACAUUCGAAUGAAGAAAUUGAUCGAUGGGAUACGAUGACGCCAUUGAUCUACUGUCCGAGUGGUCGCUUGGACUCAAAGAUUUAAGAUUGACAUUGGACAGGGCUUUUUCCGAAAUAAGAGGUCUCGUCCCUAUAGGGACCAGCCCUGAUCAGGUUAAAAAUUCCGCAAACAACAUAAUAUUAUAAUUACGCCAUAUUCUAAUUCAUAAUCUGUCAAUUGUAAUUUUGUGCCAACCAACACACAUUUUAAUGAGAUUUCUCACUUACGAUAUACAUAUCAUGUACCAAAGAGCACUGCACGUACAAACUUUACACACAGAUAUCAGUGCAAUUUACAGUUAAAACAGAGAGAUAAUAAUGUGUCUGUAGGUUUCCAUGUUGUUAUUGCAUAUAUAUUCCAACAAUACAUUUCUUGCGGUAGCAUAGAAUGGCACAAAAAGGCUCGUGUUUCUUAAGUAAAUGUCUAGUCAAUACUAUUUUAAAUGUAUAACGUUUGUCUCUGAGCACUUUCGUGGAACUAUCAAAUAUAUUUCUUUAUAUGCGUAUACAUGUAAAAGAAGAUUAAUUCUUGUAACAUUAUGUGAGAAGAUCUCAAUAAACACAUAAUAUUACAAUACGUUUAUUUAUUAAACGUUUAUUUAAAAGUAGUA